UAGUCGACCCGCCCCUAACCCUCACUGCGGUCCCUGAAAAGGAAGAAAUCUGGAAAUCAUAAGAGUACUAGUUCAGACGACAUGCUUCGUGCCCCAUAGAGUAGUGUGGCUAGUAACCUCCACACAUAAACUCUCACAAGCAUUACCAAGUAUACCUGCUAAGACUUGGCGGCUCUGUCUGGUAACCCGGCGCACACAUCGACCAGCCUACAUACCCCGAAACGAGAGCACACCAUGGAUGCCGAAAUCCGGGCGGUUCUCCCGAAUAUUGACCCUGUCAUCUCCGAGUACUCGGCAGGCUAUUUGACCCAUGCCUCCACUGCCUGGUCCGGGGACGAGGAUGCUUCCGGACCGUCUCCGCUCGCCGAGGCCGCCUCCACCAUCACCGAGCUGCUCCUUUCCGCAUCCGGGAGCUAUGGUGCGGCAACCCAGGACAAGAUCCGGAGUCUUGUAGAGAAAUGGGUUGACAAGUACGCCGCUGCCAGUGACAGCCAGGAGAGGAAGGGCCCGGCUGUCAAGCGGCUUGACCAGACCAUCCAAGUGAGCGCCCAAAGGAACAUGUCGUCGACUUUGGCCGUGGCUACCGGCGGCGUGGAUCUGGAGUCGGCCAAUGUCCGCAAGGUCGAGUCCAAGGUCGACAGGAAAAAGCUCGAGAAGGCCGAGCGCAAGAUUGCUGCCAAGCAAAACAAAAAGACAUUCAAGACGGUCGAAUACGAAGCUUCGCGUCUCCUGAACCAGCCCGACUCAACCCAGUCCUAUGAAGAAUUCUACAUGGCCGUCAACCCACUGCAGAUGGGUGCCGGUCAGGGCGGAAAGUCCAAGGACAUCAAGAUCGACAACAUUGAUGUGUCCAUCGGCGGAAACAGAAUCCUCACCGACACCACCUUGACUCUUUCCCAUGGCCACCGCUAUGGCCUCGUCGGCCACAAUGGUGUUGGUAAAUCGACCCUCCUUCGGGCCCUAUCCAGGAGAGAGGUCCCAAUUCCAACACACAUUUCCAUUCUGCACGUUGAACAAGAGAUCACCGGUGAUGACACGCCGGCGUUACAAGCUGUAUUGGAUGCCGAUGUCUGGCGCAAGGUGCUACUUAAAGAGCAAGCCGAAAUCACCCAGAAACUGGCAGAUAUCGAGGCGCAACGAGCCUCCUUGGCGGAUACCUCGACGGACGCUGCGAAGCUGGACAAGGAGCGGGAGGCGCAGGACCAACGUCUCGGCGAUAUUCAAGCCAAGCUCGCCGAGAUGGAAUCGGACAAAGCCGAGUCGAGAGCCGCAAGCAUCCUGGCAGGUCUUGGUUUCUCGCCCGAGCGGCAGCAAUAUGCUACCAAGACUUUCUCUGGUGGUUGGAGGAUGCGUCUGGCGCUCGCUCGGGCGCUCUUCUGCGAACCGGAUCUUCUCCUUCUGGACGAGCCUUCCAACAUGUUGGAUGUUCCCUCCAUCACCUUUCUUUCCAACUAUCUGCAGGGCUACCCCAGCACUGUUCUCGUCGUGUCCCACGACAGGGCGUUCCUCAACGAGGUGGCCACCGACAUCAUCCACCAGCACUCGCAGCGGCUCGACUACUAUCGCGGAGCCAACUUUGACUCCUUUUACGCCACAAAGGAAGAAAGGAAGAAGACGGCUAAGCGGGAAUACGAGAAUCAGAUGGCACAGCGUGCUCAUCUUCAGGCUUUUAUCGACAAGUUCAGGUACAAUGCGGCCAAGUCAUCAGAAGCCCAGUCCCGCAUCAAGAAGUUGGAGCGCAUGCCUGUGCUUGAACCUCCAGAAACAGAGUAUAGCGUCAAGUUCAAAUUCCCAGACGUUGAGAAGCUCUCGCCUCCGAUUGUCCAGAUGUCCGGCGUCACCUUUGGGUACACAAAAGACAACAUCCUCCUCAAGAAUGUCGACCUCGAUGUCCAGCUUGACUCCCGAAUUGGCAUUGUCGGGCCCAACGGCGCUGGCAAGACAACAGUGCUCAAGCUCCUCAUAGGAAAGCUACAACCCACGAGCGGCAUCAUAUCGCAGAAUCCCCGCCUGCGCAUCGGCUUCUUCGCACAGCACCACGUCGACGCGCUCGACCUCAACGCGAGCGCGGUCAGCUUCAUGGCCAAGAACUACCCCGGCAAGACAGACGAGGAGUACCGCCGCCAGCUGGGUGCGUUCGGCAUCACGGGCACGACGGGUUUGCAAAAGAUGGCUUUACUGUCCGGUGGUCAGAAGUCGCGUGUUGCCUUCGCCUGCUUGGCCUUGACGAACCCACAUAUUCUCGUGCUCGACGAGCCGUCCAACCACUUGGAUAUCGAGGCCAUGGAUGCUCUCUCCGAAGCACUUCAGGAGUUCCAGGGCGGCGUGCUGAUGGUGUCUCACGACGUCACAAUGCUCCAGACCGUUUGUAAGUCUCUGUGGGUGUGCGACAACGGGACUGUGGAAAAAUUCCCCGGCGAUGUGCACGCCUACAAGAAGAGGAUUGCUGCUCAGGCUGACGCUGCUGGUGUCGUCAAGGCUCAUUAGAGGAGGAUAUGUACCUAGCAGGAAGUGUACACAGAUAAAAAGACGCUUGGAUGUUUACAAGCUUCUUUAAGUUUAGGCUACAAGAAUGGCUGCCCUCCGUCGGAUAAGGAAUCGCCAAACUGGUCUUUGGUACAUACCCUGGUAACCGCCGUACUUGUAGUCCGUACAGCACAAUACACUCGAAGAAAAGUCAUUCCAGGCUGGCUCGCCUCGUGUUUAGUGUAUCAUACUCGCACAGCUUACGAGCAUGCUUGUAGCAACGAGCC